GGUGUUUUGAAAUUUAACUCUUUUUUUUUUGCUCAGUUUUUCAACAUAUGUGUUCUUUGAAUUGUGGGAUUUGUAGUUUUCCUUUUAGUUUUGUUUUGUGAACUACAUUUCCCAGAGUUCUCUGUUUCUGCAGCCUUUUGUCUUCUCUGAAGGUCAGGCACUGCCAUAACAUGAGAGGUGCUGUUUAAUGAAUUAACGUGUCCAAAGUGAUUUGGGAUUGUUGACUAGAAGGCAGAAGAGAAGAACAAAGUAUCAUUAUCAGCAUCAUGAAUUCCUCACAGUAGCCUAAGAAAAAAUAACCUUGUCGUUAAGGAAGACCUCUGUGUUCCAAGGUUUAACUGCCAUAUAUUCAUCUUCUUGGGUCCUAGAUGAGUAUAUACUGUGCUUUGAAGGUGCCGGAAGGUUGCAGAGCCCUCAGGCUCCACCAUUACAGAUCUUACUCCGGGGCCAAGGCCUCUCCAAACCUGGCUUUUGUGCCAGCCAGCCCUCCUCCAAAUGCCCUGGAAGUGGAGGCACUGCAGCGCUUCUUUUCUCAUUCCCAGAGGCUGUUGGUAAUGACCGGCGCUGGAAUCUCCACUGAAUCAGGGAUCCCUGACUACCGCUCAGAAGGGGUGGGGCUUUAUGCCAGGACGGACAGGCGGCCCAUCCAGCAUACUGAGUUUGUUCGCAGUGCCAGUGCCCGCCAGAGGUACUGGGCAAGGAACUUCGUGGGCUGGCCCCAGUUCUCCUCUCACCAGCCUAACGCAGCGCACCUGGCCUUAAGAAACUGGGAGAAGCUAGGAAAGCUGCACUGGCUGGUGACCCAGAAUGUGGAUGCCCUGCAUACCAAGGCCGGGAGUCAGCGGGUGAUGGAAUUGCAUGGCUGCACACACAGGGUUCUCUGCCUCGGCUGUGGAGAGCAAACUCCCCGCUCUGAGCUUCAGAAGUGCUUUGAAGUGCUGAAUCCCACCUGGACAGCUGAAGCACAUGGCAUGGCCCCAGAUGGGGAUGUCUUCCUCACAGAAGAGCAGGUGCAUAACUUCCGCGUCCCGGCCUGCAGCAGAUGUGGUGGGAUCCUGAAGCCAGAUGUGACGUUCUUUGGGGACACAGUUAGCCGGGAGAAAGUAGACUUUGUGCACAAGCGCCUGGCUGAAUCAGAUUCCAUGUUGGUGGCAGGAUCCUCUUUGCAGGUGUACUCUGGUUACAGGUUUGCACUUGCUGCCCAUGAGAAGAAGCUGCCAAUUGUGAUAAUAAAUAUUGGACCCACAAGGUCAGAUCACUUUGCAUCCAUGAAACUGAAUUCCCGGUGUGGGGAGUUGCUGCCUUUGAUUGUCCUGCGGUGACCCAGUUUCUAGUGUUAGGGUGCUUAUUGACCCAUCAUAAUCUCUUAAGAGGAGCUAUUUUAACCCAGCAGGCAAACAGAGGUGAGAUCUAAAGAUGCAUCUUUUGAUGAGACCAGCAGAGGACAGCAAUCCAUCAUCCGUUCCAAUCAGAUCAGCUUCCUGCACUGAGCCAUGGUCUCCAUUUACCUGGAAGCAGGACGGGUGGAAAGCGUCUGGUAUGAGAUUCUCUCAGCCCUACCUGUCCCUAGAGUCUUCUCUGCGUCUGCUUUGCCUUCACUGCAAGGUGCUGGGACAGGGUGAUCAGACUUUUGUAUCUCCAAACCAAGACACUUUUCUUACAAUUGGCACCAGGAGGAGAGUUGGGGAAGGGGAGCUUGGAGGAGGGAUUAGACAAAUUGGAAUGGGGGGGGGAGCACGGAGCUGAAGAGGGUUUUAGCAGCUGGGGGAUCUAAUGUCAGAAGCAGGUGAGAGGGGAUGGCAUAAGACAGGCCCCGUGAAGCCGGAACUCUGCUCUCCCAGAGCUGGGAGGAACCUGUACUGGGAAAAAAGUUUUCAGCAGAGAAGUUGAACAAGGGCACCUGCUAAAUGCAGCUGCUUUCCAGAGAGAGACUUCUUUGCAGGGUGGGUUAUCAGCUGAACAAGUCCUCCUCUUCGAGCAGGGAGAAGGCUGAGCAUUACGGGGCCAGAGGGAGGUGCUGUACAGUUUGGCAGCUACCCUUGGCUCCUAUUUGAACCUUAAAAAAAAAAACAAUGACUGGGAUAUUGCUGGAGUUUCACUGAGUCAGCCUGACCAGAGCUGCUCCUAACUAAGCUAUGACCUUCUGUGGAAUGCGCAGCUGGGAGUAGGGUUUUCCGUGUGUAAUUAAAUUUAAAAAUUGCUUACAAGAUUUAUGGUGCCGCUUUGGAAUUUUUUCCUCUCCUAUGAAUCAGUCAAGUUCAUGCCUGGGUCAGAUUCAUUUUUCCAUUUCAGAAAUUCAAGCGGAAAUUAUUAGCACUAGAUGAAGCAAAAGAGUAAUAUGAUGAUACCUGCACAAGAGACCACCCUGAUGAGGGAACUGUCUGUCUCAACAGGCCACCCCAAAGUAUCCCCAUCCCUCAUUUUGCCCCACCACUAAGAGAAAAUCCACCUCUGUUAAGCUACCAAUUUCUGUCGGUCCCUUAAGAUGUAUUUCGCUGUAUACAGAUUGAGAGGCAGAAGUGUGCGCUGGGCAAACAUUGGGUCUUUGAGCUGACCUGCUUGCUAUAAAGGGGUUUCAAUGUUGUGGUGAGUUCUUAAGAUUGCAUUAGGAUGCAGAUUAAAAUGCUCCAGUGCCAUCUUCAAGGGCAGUUUCCUACAGUAACCAUCCAAAGAGAAUAAUAAUAAAUGCACAGGGCCAGAACUGCUGUGGUCACUUGCUGAAAGGACACUGCCUCUCCAAGUAGCAAAAUAGGGAGGGCUGCUUAUGGGACACAGAGGUUUUCCCUGCAAAUCCAGACCAGGACAGCAGUAACUAAUAAGCUAGGGGAGACCCUGCUACACAUGCCACCAUCUGAAGUGAGGUAGCUUAAUGUCCCCCUACCACAGACCACCAGCUCUACGUAAGCGGGGACACCUUUGCAGUGAAUCAUAGGUCUGUUUGCUGAUGCUCACAAGUAUCAUGCCAGCUCUGGCCUAUUAGAAUUGCCCCACCUGCCAAAGCUUCCCAAGCAAUCAAUCAGCUAUUCUCUUUGUACUAUCAUCAAGGCUCCUACACAGCGGAGUUCUCACCCACAGUCAAGGAGCUUGCAUGGAACUUUUAUUCACAUAGCAAUUUUCCAUACAGGAAGAGACAAUUAUGC